AUGCAGUUGCGUGUGGAGUACCUUUUAAAGCGCAUCGUUGCCUUCACACAUGAGCAGGAGAUACAGGAGAAGUGGACAGGCAACGUAUUCUUCCAUGAAUACUUUGUGUGGAAGCCCGCGGUAAGCCACAAUCAGUGGGGAUUGUUCUUUCUUGUUGCUGAGGCCACCAACGAGUUCGGCCUGCAUAUCAUUCAACCCGCACUCCCGAAACUCGACGCUCUAGUGGAGGUCUUGACACACGAUGCUGUGGCAUGGGCUGCCAUCAAAGAUGGCGGCAACACAGAGGCGGUGACGUCGUCAACGCACUUUGUGGCUGGCUUUCACCCAGCAUGGGUAGAACUGCUCUUUUUGAAGAUGCUGUUGCAUCCAAACACGGCCGUCCGAAAAGCUGGGCUGCAGCGGUUAUGGUCGCUGAGUACACCGGUGCUGAGACUUUUCUCAAGCGGUUUUCUCUUCACAAACGCCGUGGAGGCUUCCGUGGACUUGCGGCUUUGCGCAGAAGUUGACCGCGCGCCGCAUGCGGCGAUAUUUUCCAUGCCGAAGGGAUUUGAGGGGGCUGAGGUGCGUGCGCUGGAGGGAGUGGCGGGACCACUUGCGGAUCAACUCGAGCAUUUUUACGCUCGCCUUUUUCGGGAUGUCUUACGCACGACUCAGGAACGCAAGGAAGCCAUAUCUUAUCUCCUGCAUGGCGUGCUGGAGAGACCCAGCGUGUAUGGUGUGACGAUGCUGCUUCGUAUUCUUCACGGCGUUGCAGAGGCUCUGUCGCUUGAUGGGGAUGCGGGGAGUAGAGAGGCGACUGUGGGGAUGAUCACUGAUGCGGAUUUUCUGCACUCGAUGCUGCUUCUUUUGAAAGAUGCAGCAAAUGAUGGUGUUCCAUUUUGGCUUGAUGUUCGUCUCAGCGCGGUGGCUUUUAGUACGCUUCUGCACUUUGCCCGGAUUGAUCCCACGGCGAUGCGCCAGUGCGACGGCUUUUGGAAGCUGUUUUGUGUCUGUGGUCCUCUUGGGAGUCCCGGCGGGGGUAGUGCUGCUGCUGUUGACUCCAUCGGGAACAUUGGUGCACUCGGCACAUGCAUUCACCCUUGCUUUCUCAACGAACAGCUGCUGCGGAUGUCUAGGGCCGCUCCGAUUGGAGGGAGCGAGCUCGGCUUCAUGCGCACCAUGUUGCGAACCGAUUACCUGCGUGAGGAGGUGCGACAGUUUCUUUGCCUCGCCGCCUUUGACGAGGUGCGUGGAAAACAGCUUUUUUUCCUUUGUGGAUCCUUGCACCUGGGAGAGCCUGAGGACCGGCAGCUGCUCGCAGAUGUGGCGCAGGAGAUUGGGGCAACGCUUCUCUCUUUUGCAAAGCGGCCGUACGGCCCGACUGCAUCGUUCCUCGCGGCGUUGGUUGCAUUUGUGGAGUUUCAUCAUUCUGUUGGAACGGUGGCUUGCACGCAGUACUACUCGCGGACGACGAUUGCUGAUUUGCGUGGCACUCUGCAUACAGUGGCGUUCAGUGCCCUUCGACAGGCUACUCGGGCGAUGAUGCAAGUGAACUCCUUUGAGGAUUUUUGUGGGGAUGUUUGGGCGUUGCAGCACACUUUGGAGUGGGACGCUGUUGUUGCGGCGACCCUGUCUGCAGGACAAAUCGCCGUUGCCCACGACCCCGCGGCUGCAACGACGUGGUCUCAGUCACGCCAGUGCGUGGCGGACGUACUGGAGUUGUUGCUUCUUUUAGAUGCCAAUCGGACUCCGUCUGCAGCCCCUGCGGGUGAUACGAUCAGAGUGACUCGGCACUUCGCCCAAAUGGUUGUAGCCAGGAAUAUGUCUCGCCUCCUGCAGAGUGUGCUCUCCAGCCUGAUCGUAUUGGAUACACCCAACCGUACAUUGGAAAACGUGAACACGGCGGAUGUUGCAUGUCGUCUGCAUUUUGGCAUGACGGAUCUUGUGCACUGGAUUCGAAGCCUCAUGCAGUGCCCUUCCUUGCGACUCUUGACAUGCGAUGUGCCUUGUCCACUAACUAGCCUUUCAUGGGCGACGCUCUUGGCACAGUACUAUGGUGGCGUUUACAACUCAGUCUUUGUUCUCUGCAGCUGCGUGGAACCAGCGGAGAGCCCAGAAUUGGUUUUGGAACUUCAGGACUACGCCCUAGACCAUGUGGAACGCUGCUGGAGCACAAACCUUGCAAGCGUUUACGAUAUUCUUGCCUGGGUGGCCAACAGUGCGGCUGCCACGGAGAGGGAUACAGGGCGCGACAGGGGCGUGAACCACCGUGCCAUCAUCAGCGCCAUGUUUGUGCACUUGAAAGAUGUUGGGGCCAGAGACCAUGGACGCGUCUCCGUCCUUGCGUUCAACGCCCUCCGCUGUGGUGUGACUGAGCAUGGAGACUUGGUCAAGUCACACAUCUCAAGGACGCUGCUCGAUGAGGCGGAAUCGGAGCGCUCGGUGUAUGUGGCGGCAGUGACCAUAGCGACGGAGGUGCUUCGUGACCCCGCGGCAAACUGGCCGCGCUUGCAAGAUCUCCUUCUACAUGUCGCCGUCUUGUAUAACUCUGGGCGCGAUGAGGAGGCCUCAGAGAUGAUGGUGGCGACCACAGAGCCGUUGCUGCUUCUGUGGCCUGAGGCUCUACGCAUACAGUACCCGCCAACUGUGCGACUCUCAUCGGUUGGCCGCGCCCUCGCAAUCUCCACCAUCUUGUGGUGUUGUCAUUUGCGGCACGACUGGGCGACGGCGCUCUCGUUGGAGUUGCUGGACUGGAACACCACUCACGUCGCCGUCAAGCAUGAACCGUGCAUGCCGAACUCCAAACCCCAUCGCUGUCGUCUUCGUCUGUGGCAGUUGCUUUGUGCGCUGCUUCCGAUGAUUGAUGAUGCGACUGCGCAGCGGGAUAUUUUGCAGCGGGUCUUGCAGGUGUGUCUGCCUCUUAUCAACAUGGGCAGUGUGAGACGACUGAUGGAGAUUUACGCGCUAAAAAUCCUGGAGCGCCAGCCCGCACUCUACACUCUGCUAGAUGCGGCGCUGGCAAACUACAGUCUACGACCGCAGGUUUGUGGGAGUUAUCUCCUGAUCAUAGCGCAAAUGAUACUUCGACAGCUUCGAGGGGAGGUGGCUUGCGUGGACGGUCUCUUUGAGACGCUGCUUCACCGUCUUUUUCAGCAGAGUACUUCGCAUCAGCACCUCCUGCGGAUCAUCUGUCACAUUGGACUCUACCACAUUCAUGCGACCUGUGCGGUGCAGGGGGUAAGGUUCCUCCCUACGGAGGAGGAGGUCUUUGACUACAUUGCUCGUGCACCAGAGCAUGUGAAGUUCCGCGACAAGCACGCGGAACAGCUGUUCUUUAAUCUGGCGGAAGCCUGCACCCCGCGACAACUCUUUUGCAUUCAGCGAAGGGAGGGAAACAACAUUCUCACGGAAAGUGUACCAGCCGCUGCCUUUGAGCGAAUGCGGUUUCUGGAGCACGAGUUCCGCUGCCUCAUUGGGGCGCUAAGCCCGGUGGAGAUGCUUCGUGUGCGGCGAAUCUCGGAUUGCAUCGACAGUCGCCGCCUACUCGAACCCCUCAAGGACUUUCCGUACAUUCCACAUACGGAGACCCAUACAACAUACUGUGUGGAUUACACCGCUGAGUCCGUGGCACUUCUAAUGGAGGACGGCGACAUCAAGAACAAAAGCGGCAUCAGAAGCGGCGUCAGGAACACAAACAACAACGUGGGUGACGGGGAUGAAGACAUUCAGCGGAAGGUAACGCCGUGGUGGAGCGGCCUGGUGUACAACGAGCUCCACCCGCGAGCAUUAAAACAUAAUAAGCGACAACCCAUUAUUGUGAUAGGUUCGUUACUGCAAAACCCUGUGAAUGUUGCCGGUCUUUUUCGUUGCGGUGAAGUCUUCACCGUGGAGAAGGUUGUCGUGUCUGACCCAGCCGUUUUUGAGCACCCGCACUUUGUGGCCGCCGCGCGCAGUGCCGAGCUAUGGUUGCCGUGGGAGGCAGUGCCGGCAAAAAAUCUGCCGCCAUUUUUGGGUUCCCUGCGGCGCAAUGGCUAUACACUUAUUGGCAUUGAGCAGACGGCAGGAAGCGUGUCGAUGGCGUCGUAUCAUUUCCCUGAGCGCGCUGUUAUUCUCCUUGGUGCAGAAGGCCACGGCGUUCCAGCGGAGCUUCUGCCGUUAUUGGAUGUAUGUGUGGAAAUUCCGCAGUUUGGACUGAUUCGUUCGCUUAAUGUACACGUGACCGGUGCCUUGGUGAUGUACGAGUACACCCGACAACACCUUAUGAAUUAG